UCUGGAGUCGGGAGUGAUGCUGUGACCAUUCCAGCUUUUCUCCCUCCUGUGGACAGCAAAACUGAAGGACACUGGACAGGCGGACAUGCUACUAUGAUCCGUCGACUCCUUUCCCUCCUCUGUUUCAGGCUGUGUGUUGGCCAAGGAAACAUAAGAGGAGAUGGGUCACUUCCCAAGCCCUCUCUCAGUGCCUGGCCCAGCUCAGUGGUACCUGCCAAGAGUAACGUGACACUGCGAUGCUGGACGCCUACCAAGGGUGUAAACUUUGUUCUCAGAAAGCGAGGAACUCCUUUGGAGUCCUUGCAGUCACCUGAUUCCACAGUGGUUCUGGGUGAAUUUCACCUCACUGAUCUAAAAACCAGUAAUGCUGGAGAGUACACCUGUGAAUACUACAGAAGAGGGAGCCCACACACAAGUUCUCGGCCCAGUGAUGUCCUUCUACUGCUGGUGACAGGAAAUUUACCUAAACCUUCCCUCCAAACCCACCGAAGGGGUAUGGUGACUGAGGGAGAAAAGGUGACCCUACAGUGCCAGAAACCAGAUUUUGGGAUUGUCCCUGUAAUGUUUGCUCUACUGAAGGCAGGAUCUUCAAUGCCCAUCCAGCUCCGGAGUCCAGCAGGGAAGGAGACAGACUUCUCCCUACAGAGUGUGACAGUCAAUGACACAGGGAAGUACAGUUGUGUGUACUACCAGACAAGGGCUCCUUUCUGGGCCUCAGAACCCAGCAAUCAUGUUGAGGUCCAGGUGACAGGGCGGCAUGUUGGCCAAGGAAACAUAAGAGGAGAUGGGUCACUUCCCAAGCCCUCUCUCAGUGCCUGGCCCAGCUCGGUGGCACCUGCCAAGAGUAACGUGACUCUGCAAUGCUGGACUCCUACCAAGGGUGUAAACUUUGCUCUCAGAAAGGAAGGAAUUGCUUUGGAGUCCGUGCAGUCACCUGAUUCUGCAGAGGGCCUGGGUGAAUUUCACCUCACUGAUCUAAGAAACAGUAAUGCUGGAGAAUACACCUGUGAAUACUACAGAACAGGGAGCCCCCACACAAGGUCACAGCCCAGUGAUGUUCUUCUACUGCUGGUGACAGGAAAUUUUCCUAAACCUUCCCUCCAAACCCAUCAAAGGGGUAAGGUGAUUGAAGGAGAAAAGGUGACCCUGCAGUGCCGGAAGCCGGAGACUGUGACUGGGACUAAAAUGUUUGCUCUACUGAAGGCAGGAUCUUCAAUGCCCAUCCAGCUCCAGGGUCCAGCAGAGGAGGAGACAAAAUUUUCCCUUCAGAAUGUCACGGUCAACGACACUGGGAAGUAUAGCUGUGUGUACUACCAGACAAGGGUUCCUUUCUGGACCUCACACCCCAGUGAUCACCUUGCAAUCUGGGUGACAGAUGCCACAUUAAGAGAUUACACCAUGGGGAACCUCAUCCGACUGGGUCUGGCUGCCUUAAUUAUGGUUAUUAUGGGGGCUCUCCUGGUUGAAGCCUGGUGUUGCCAGAAGGAGUCUCCACAGGGAUCCAGCAGUUGAAUCCCCAAUCACUGUGAAAGAAGCAAAAAGGCCUCUCAGCUGCCGGAGUGGGGAAGAUGAGUUCUUGAUCGAGCUGGACCUGCUGAUUCUUAACAUUUUCAGCUCUACUGAGAGCCACUCCAGGAUGAGAGGGUGGCUUUCUUCUCCCUGUACUGUUCACUUGGGGCAGACAACAGGACCGAGCAUAAAGACUCACCUAAUAUGCUUUGAAUGACUUGAAAAAAUACUUAGAACUUCAGAGUCAGGCUGGGUGGCAAGUUCGGUUGCAUCUGCAGGAAGCGUUCUUCCCUUGAAAAGUGGAGAAAACACUGCUUCCUAUAUACUUAUUAUUUCUUCCCCUCCAUUCUCUCUAUUUUGUUCUGGACUAGCAAUUAGUCAAAUAUUAAAAUUUAUGUAUUCAUCAUACAUGUCUUUUAAAUUUUAUUUCAUAUGUUUCCAACAUUUUACCUAAUUUUGGGAGAAUUCCACUCUAUUCCAUGGCAUCCAUUUGCUCUUGAGUUGUACCCA